CAACAGGAUCCUUUUUGCUGGGGAAAUGGCUCCACCUACCCCUGUACGCAGUGCCUCUGUGUAGUGCGGCAGUGGAUGUUGCUAUCCAAGACUACGUGGCUGACGUGGCCUUCGAACUCAUCUAUCAGAACAAGAGUGAGAUCUCCACAGAAGUCAUCUUCGUCUUCCCCCUGGGCCCCAACAUGGCCAUUUACUCCUUCCAGGCCCGCAGUGAGGAAGCCACGGUCCAGGCCAUGCUGCAGGAUGAGGCCCAGCAGACACAUGAGGCUACAGGAGGCUGGGAGAAUCUGGAAUACCUUCACGAUCAGUCUCAGCAUCCAGGCGAGGUGUUUGCCUGCUUCCUGGGCACCCUGCCCCCUGGCAGGGAGGUGGUUGUGACCUUGCACUAUGUCCAAGAGCUGCCACGGAAGCCCGACGGAGCAGCCCAUUUUGUGCUGCCGCCCACACUGCAUCCCUACUCAAAGCACUAUGCCUGGAAAUGUGGCAUUAGCAAGCUGCCCUACAGCCUGCUGCUCACUGCUAGCCUGCAGUCACCCCGUGGAGUGGCCAACGUGCAGGGCAACUUCACCCUCACCCCUUUGAUCUACACUGCCCAGGACUGCAGCACUGCACAGGUCUCACUGGCUGGCAGCCCCCCCCAUCAGGAUGAUUUGGAGUUGCUGGUGUAUUUUGGAGAUCCCACAGCAGUCAGUGCUGCAGUGGAGAAGGGAGACCCAGGGGCCCCUCCAGGCUCCCUGCUUGGUGAUCCCAUGGUGUUGGUGACGCUGGCACCCAGCAUCCCUGAGGCAGUGCCUGGGCAGCGCCAGUCUGGAGAGUUCAUCUUCCUCCUGGACACCACUUUCCUUGAGCAUGCACAGGAUUCCCUGCUCUUCCUUCUCAAAAGCCUGCCCCUGGGCUGCUACUUCAACAUCUACUGCUACGAAGAAACCUCUGUGGGCAUCUACCCGCAAAGUAUUGAAUAUACUCAGGACAACCUGACCAAGGCCAUGAAGCGCAUCCCCUCCACCAGCUCCAGUUUGGGUGAUACCGAUCUGCUGGGAACCCUCCGCUCAAUCUACAGUACCCCUCGCCCCCGCGGGCAUGCACGACAGCUCUUCAUCUUCAUGGCCAGGCUACCUCCUGACAAGGAAGCCAUUGCAGCUGAGGUCUGCCGUCACCGCAAUAGCCACCGGUGUUUCUCCUUCUGCUUCUCGAAGGACAGCGCUGCCCUGGCUAAGGCCCUGGCCAGGGAGACAGGGGGUGAAGCUACCUACAUAUCUGACAACAGUGCAACAGUUGGGGUGUUGAAGAUCCUGAAGAAGGCCCUCAAGCCAGCAGCUGAGGGAGUCUCUCUGAGCUGGACCCUGCCCCGUGGCCUGGAAGUUGAGGUGCUGGGGGGCACCCCUCAGUUCAUCUUUCAGGAUCAACACAGCGUCCUCUACGCCCAGAUCCAUGGACAGGCACAGGAUACGACAGUGGCCAAGGGCAUCAUGACCUUGCAGUACAGCCUGGAUGGCCAGGAUGUCACUCACACAAUUGAAUUUCCACUGUGCCCACAGGGAGAUGGCCGACAGGCUGGGCAUCGUCUGGCCGCCAGAUGCUUGCUGAAGAGGUUGUUGCCAGAGGCUGUGAGUGCGUCAGGGGAUGAACCAAGGCAUCGUGCAGUUGAGAUCAGCCUCACUUCGGGGAUCAUCUGCCCCUUUACCAGCUACGUGGGGGUUCGCACAUCACAGAAGGUCAGCUGGUACCAAGGGCCCCUGGCACUGUUGCCACCCCAGAAGUCACUCAUCCCCUGCCAGAUUGUUGAGAUUCAUGCUCCCAUUAAAGAGUCUUCCUGCCGUCCUGUGACAAUCUGGGUCCCACCUGCCUGGCUGACAGCAGUGCAUCAGUUGUGGCUUGCCCUCUGUCGACUCACCCAGGGCAUUGCUGCCCUGCCCCAGCGGGGGGCUUGGACAAAAGCAUGUAAACCACCACGACCAUCUGUUUCUUCUCUCAAGCAUGUGAAUCCCAUGGAAUUUGUUAUGUCCUCUUCAGUUUUGGGGUUUUGGUCCCUCAAAGCUAUUGCUGAGUGCCAGGAGCUGGUGGCACUGCAGAAUGCAGAUGGCUCCUGGGCCCUCAGCUCAGGACUGGCCUCUGUGCUGGAAAUCGAUGAGGCUGAAAUCAAGGCAAAGAUGCCUGGUGAGACAGAGAGAAAUGAAGGGAUCAGAAACCAGAAGCCACAAAGCCCCUCGUGGUGGAGCGGAGCUGUGUCACAGCUGGACAAGUGCCUGGAGGCAGCCAACACCCUCCUUGGGAGCAGCGUGAAGCCAAGUGUCUUCAGGCUUUGA